AUGGCAUUCUUUUUACGGCUUCAGUUCUCUGGUUUGUGCUGGUUCUUUUUUCUUUCAGCAGAUAGUCAGGAGAUAGCCACUCUCACUGUAAAAUACCAAGUUUCAGAAGAAGUGCCAUAUGGAACAGUGAUAGGGAAACUGUCAAAAGAACUGGGCUGGGAGGAGAGAAGCAGGCAAGAAGGGGCUUUCCAGAUUUUGCAGCUACCUCAGGUGCUCCCCAUUCAGGUUGACUCCAAAGAUGGUUUACUCAGCACCGGGAGGAGGCUCGACAGAGAGCAGCUUUGCAAACAGAAAGAUCCUUGUCUGAUAUCCUUUGAUGUGCUGGCCACAGCAGGCUUAGCUUUGAUCCACGUGGAGAUCCAGGUGCUGGACAUCAAUGAUCACCACCCCCGCUUUCCCAAAGCAGAGCAGGAGCUGGAGAUCUCUGAAAGUGCCUCUCUUCGGACCAGGAUUCCCUUGGACCGAGCCUGGGAUCUUGACACUGGCCCUAAUACUUUGUACUCCUAUUCACUUUCUCCCAGUGAGCACUUUGCUCUGGAGGUGAUUCUGGGCCCUGAUGAAAGCAAACAUGCAGAGCUCGUGGUGGUUAAGGAGCUGGACCGGGAGCUGCAUGCAUCCUUUGACUUGGUAUUAACGGCCUUUGACAACGGGGAUCCCCCCAAGUCGGGUACCAGCUUAGUUAAGGUCAGUGUUUUGGAUUCCAAUGACAACAGUCCCAUGUUUGCAGAGAGCUCCUUGGCUUUAGAAGUUGGGGAAGAUACUGUCCCUGGGACCCUUCUCAUAAACCUCACGGCUACUGACCCUGAUGAAGGACCAAAUGGGGAGGUUGAGUUUUCCCUCAGUAAGCAUGUGCCACCAGAUGUACAAGACACCUUUAGUAUUGAUGCCAAGACAGGUCAGAUCAUUCUGAGUCGGCCCCUGGACUAUGAAAAAACUCCUGCUUAUGAGAUAGAUGUACAGGCCAGGGACUUGGGUCCCAACCCGAUUCCAGCUCACUGCAAAGUCCUCAUCAAGAUUCUAGAUGUCAAUGACAACUCCCCAAGCAUACAUAUUACAUGGGCCUCUCAACCAUCUGUGAUAUCUGAAGCUCUUCCCAGGGACAGCUUCAUUGCCCUGGUGAUAGCAAGUGACCUAGAUUCUGGGGACAAUGGCCUGGUUCAUUGCUCCCUCAGCCAAGGACAGGGACAUUUCCAACUAAAAAGAACCAAUGGUAACACUUAUAUGCUCCUGACCAAUGCCAUUCUGGAUAGGGAAAGGUGGCCUGAAUAUAACUUGACGUUGUUGGCCCAAGACCAGGGGAAGCCGCCGUUAUCAACCAAGAAACAUCUCACUAUUGAGAUCAGUGACAUCAAUGACAACGCACCCAUGUUUGAGUUGAGCAAGUACAACAUCUCCGUUUGGGAGAAUAAUCUACCUUCUUCCUAUCUCAUCACUGUGAAGGCUCAUGAUGCUGACUUGGACUGCAAUGGAAAAGUCUCUUACCACAUCCAGGAAUCUCCUUUUUCCCAUCUGGUAGCUAUUGACUCUGACACGGGGGAGGUCUCGGCAUCUACUACGCUGGACUAUGAACAAAUAACAAGUUUUCAAUUUCUGGUAAUAGCAGAAGAUAAAGGUCAGCCUCAGCUUGUUUCUAGUGCCUCUGUGAGGGUCAGCCUCCUGGAUACCAAUGACAAUCCUCCCAUAGUGGUGCAGCCUGUUCUCAGUGAUGGGGCAGCCUCUAUUUCUGUGUUGGUGAACUCUUCCACUGGUCACCUUGUGGUCUCUUCUGAGAACCCUGACCCCUUUCGAGCGUCCCGCUCUAGCACAUCUUCUUUGGUGACCUCUAGGCCACAGCUGUUUCUCUUAACGACCAUUGUAGCUAUUGAUGCAGAUUCUGGGGACAAUGGAAAUCUUCUCUAUGCCAUCUGGAGUGGAAAUGACGCGCGCCUCUUCUUCCUUGAUCCUCACAUGGGGCAGCUGUACAUCAAUGCCACCAAUGCCAGCAGCCUCAUUGGCAGCGAAUGGGAACUGAUGAUUGUUGUCACUGAUCAAGGAAGGCCCCCCCUGGAGACCAGGGCUUUGGUGAAAGUCACUUUCACCAAUAGCCUUGAUCACCUGAAGAAUCUGGCCCAGGAAUCUAGCCCCUUGAGCAUCUCAGCAGUGACGGCAAUUUGCUUGGCUGUGUUGUUGGCCAUCUUCUUGUCGAUUCUUGUUUUGACUGUGUCCAUCUGUAGAACUGACCGGAAAGAGGACAGAGCUUAUAACUGCAGAGAAGCGGAGUCAACCUACCGACACCAGCCCAAGAGACCCCAGAAACAAAUCCAGAAAACUGACAUUCACCUAGUGCCGGUGCUCAGGGGCCAGGCAGAAGAGCUGAGUGAACCUGGGCUGCCCUACAAGGAUGCAGGGAAGGAAAAUGUCCCAGAAACAGGUUGGGACUUUCCACUGCAGGCUCCAUAUCUAACCCCAACAUUGUACAGGACGCUUCGGAACCAAAGGAACCAGGGCGCUUCCCCCGAGGAUAGAGAGGUACUGCAAGACACCUACAAUCUCCUUUUCCACCAUCCGAGGCAGAGGAACGCCUCUCGAGAAAACCUGAGCCUCCCAGAUCCUCAGCCAACAACAUGCCACCCUAAGGCCUCAAAGAACGUGGGGAGCCCCCAGAUGAAGCCAUCCCAAGAGCAGGGGAGCGAUCUGCCAGCACCAGCCCUUCCAGCCUCCACUACGACACUUAGGAGGCAGCGAAAUCUGAAUGCCAAAGCUGACCCAGACAAAGAACAUCACCCCCACCAGAUCCUGCGCAGCCUGGUCCGACUGUCGGUGGCUGCCUUCACAGAGCGAAACCCCAUGGAAGAGCUCACCAUCGACUCCCCUCCAGUUCAGCAAAUAUCCCAGCUGCUGUCCUUGCUGCACCAGGGCCAAUUUCAACCCAAACCAAACCACAGAGGAAACAAAUACGCGGCCAAGACCGGUAGUGUCAGAAAUGCAGGAUUGGAGACAGAUUGGCAAAGUGCCAAGGAGGGUGACCAUGGAGAACAUGAAGCAGAGGAUGGGAAUUCAGACAAUGAGCUGGACCUCUCAGUGAAACAACUCUUGGAGGAAGAAUUAGAGAGCUUGUUUGAUCCACAAACAGGUCUGGCCCUUGAUCGGCUGAAUGUCCCAGACCCGGCUUGGAUGGCAAGGCUGUCCUUGCCUCUUAACACCAACUACAGAGACAAUGUCUUCUCCCCAGACUCCCCAGCUGCUAGCCAGGGUCGAGAAGUCACUGCCAUGGAGGAGCCCAGAACCUUCCAGACAUUUGGUAAAUCAGCUGGUUCUGAGAUGAACUCGAUGGGGAACCAGCUGGCCAGCACCUUCCUCUCAGAAAUGAGCUCCCUGUUUGAGAUGCUGCUGUCCCAAAACAGCCACGCCCCUGUGGCUGCUUCUGAGGUGCUGCAGCGCCUCUCAGCCUGUGGCAAGACUCUGGGAUUAGACCUUGCUGGAGGUGGGGCCCUGGGCUCCGAAGCCAUAGGUCCAAGCGGAAAGAAAGGAACCAAGAGCAGAACUGGCAGCAGCAAUAGCAGCAGGGGCCUGUGAGCCUAGACAGGGCUCUCUGGCUGGAGGAACCUAAGCCACCCACCCCAGAGUCUGGGGGAGUAUUGGCAUAUUUGUGUGUUCAGGCCACACCUUAAGGCUUGUCGGGUUUGGUGCUAGGUGAUGAGUCCCAUUGGUAGGUCUUGAAAUCUCUAACCUCACCAUGAAGGAACCUAACCUGAGGCAGACAGAAAACUCCUGGCUGCCUCUGCAUCCUAAAGCUGCUCCAAGGAAGGAACCAGGCCCAUCUCCAGGAUUGCCAGUGUCAGCGAGUGGACAAAGCAGACUUCUUUAAAGAAGGGCUCAACCUACUGAAGGCCUUGGCUGAAGAAUGGGUGCUAGACUGAAAUUGGGUGUUUGCCAGCAAAAUACAUAUGGCAGGUAAAGAAAGAGUGUGUGUGAAUGGACAUUCUCAUGAAAAACAAUACUUCAGUUGUCCCUCAUCUGAUACAGACUUGAGUCACCCCAGUAUAGGGCCCUGAAUUCUGGGGGUUCUUCAGUGUUAAUUGGUUCAUUGAUAAGGUAGCAUAAAUUUCUGGUUGUCACCUCCCUUCAGACAUAAAAAGCAAGGGAAGAAUAAGUGUUCACUUUGCCCAUCCCCUCCAAAAAAUCUUUGGCCAACUUGGCCCAAGUUGAUUUGGGGAAAUAAAGGAGGAGCCUCUAAUGACUUGCCCCCAAAGUGGUGUGCACCAUUAUGUACACACGCUUACACUGUCUAUGCAUUCACCAGAGCCUGACACUUCAGUCAGCUGCCACCAAAGAUCCCUUGUCUAGAGAUGCCUUCUGCCUUCAGCCUGUCGGUCCUCCUUGACGUGGCAUUUAAAGGGGCAAUACUGAUGUCUAUAUAUAACAGGACACCUGAAAUUAAACUCUUCUCACUUCAGGAGAUGAGAAAUAGCCAAUAAUUUGGGCUAUUGCCAGCAGUGAACUUGCCCGAGCUUCGCUCUGGAGACCUCUUAAAAAUAAAAUACUUCCAAAGCAACUUGGUUUAAUGGAUCUUAUCAGAAGCUGAAGCUGAGAUUUAAUACGUCGAAGAUGGCCUUAAUUUGGAUUGUUGGAUGUUGGGAGGGGCCAGAUCAAGAGCUCUAUGACUAGGCAAAGAAUUGGCCUCUGAUGACACUUUAUUUUCACGGUUCAGAAUAUUUGUGUGCAAGAGUAAGUCAUCCUUUCUCAUACGUUGGAUUUUAAACUUUGUCCAGUCUUCCAAAAUCUAACUCACUUCAGUCUCUAUAGAGAAGACCAUGAAAUCCCUAUUGGUAGGAGGAAAUCUAUCAAAUGGUUACCUAGUAAAGCUUCCUUUGAAAAACCCAACCUUUGUCUCUUCUCCAUCCUCAUUCACCUUGACCUCUCUGCAGCCAGUGACAUGGUUGACCACUCUUUCCUCCUUGCAAUUCUCUUCUCUCUAGGUUUUCGAGACGUCACUCUCUCCUGGUUCUCAUCCUAGUGGUCCUAUCUGGCUUCUCCUGCUCUUCAAGAUCGUGCCUUCUAACCAUAGGUGUUCCUCAGGGUUCUGUACUGGGCCCUCUUCUCUUCUCCCCCUGUACUACCUGACCUGGUGACUUCAUCAGCUCCCAUGAAUUUAAUUACCAUCUCUAUGCUGAUGAUUCUCAGAUCUACAUAUCUGGGCCCAAACGCUCUGCUGACCUCCAACAUCUCAUUUCCACCUGCCUUUCACACAUCUUGAACUGGAUGUCCAGUAGACGUCUUAAACUCAAACUCAGUUUCCCCCUCUAAACCCUCCCACCACCCCAUGACUUCUCUAUUACUAUAGUGGGUAACACCCUCCUCCCAGUCCCUUAGGCUUACAACUCAAAAGUCAUCCUGGAUUCCUCAGUGUCUCAGGACCCCCUCCACCCAUAUCCAAGCCAUUGUCAAGGCCUGUCGAUUUCACCUUUGCAACAACCCUCCAAUAUACCCCUUCUCUCCUCUGACACAGCCACCACUCUAAGG